UCUGCAAGGCCUGCAAAAUUUGGACCAUAGACGUACCAGUCCGCAGCGUCCGUCCACAGGAAAAAUGAAGGAAGCCAGGACUUCAAGGAACACCCGAAGACUUGCCCGUGGCACCGAUUACAUCGCGCUGCUGAGUUGAUGACAUGCUGACGAGACAUCUGGACAAGGUGGCGCUUCUGCAAAUUUGUCAUGCAGACUGGGUGUCACCAAAUCUAGAACGAAGAUCCGAAGCGAGACGCUGCGAAUGGGAAAGUGAAAGGGCAGCGUGAGCAUACCAGAUUGUGCGCCCGACCCACUGCGCCACUAUAGGAACGUUGCCGGCGUGACAGCUGACAGUGCUAGUGUGUGUGUGUGUGUGUGUGUGUGCGCGCUUGGCUCUGUGUGCGCGGGAGAAUGGCUGAACGGGAUGUUGCGAUGUUUGAGCUGGGACUGCGGGAUUACGGAACGAGUUGGACGAGGCUACAGGAGGCGCUCAAUGUGCAGCAGCAACUGUACGGUCCGGCCAAAGAGAAGGCGGGUCCGUAUAUUGAAAGCCGCGAAAAUGAUGCGCCGGUAAGCGAAAAGCAAGUAUCGCCCAGUGGAACACCGAAGAAGGGCAAGCAACCAUCCCUGCCCGUGUCCAGGACGGCGUCUUCCGAAUCGGAGAAGUCUGCUGCAGAGACCUCACCAAAAGCGGCGAAACCUAAAGGAUUCAUCAGUCUGAUCACAAGGUCGAAAGACAGUAACACCGGGAAGAAGCCAAAGAAAGGUUCAAAGUGUCCGAACGAAAGCCCCAAGAGUGAUGAGAAGGACAGGAAGCAGCUGGCGAGAGAAAAAAGAAUCGAGCCUGAGGACGAUAACGAAGAAACAAUGACCUCUAGGAGCGCCCACGAAAACGGCAAAGAAGAUCGGGAGUCCGCUCAAGAUGAUUCUGUAGUAACUCGUAGGAGAUCAUCGCACGGAAACUCCCGAAGACACGGAAGGCCAAGCAGCCCUGACCACAGGAAAGGUCAACACGAAUACAGUAGCAAGGAUUCGCCGAGUAACGAAUAUCCUAGGGAACACGUUGUCAAAGAAAAAAUAUUACACCAGAAGGAAAAGUACGACCGAGUCAUAAAAGAGUUUUCCAGGGAUGAAAGCUCCAGAGAAUAUUCUCGCAAAGACACACUGCCGUUGAGUCCUUCAAACAACAAAGGGGAUUGUGGGCGAGGAAGCAGAACAGUCUAUGGCGACGAAGGCUUUAAGGAGCAUCCUACGGGUAGGCCAGUCAACCCAGUCGAAGAAAGAAGCAAAUCUUCAAAUGACGAACGUCCAAUGUAUCCUCCGUAUGAAGAAGGGUUCGGAAGGGAAGAAUUCAUUCGGAAGGAGACGAGUUCAAAAUCAAGGAGUGAGAAGUCCAUGCAUGCUAGACGUUCCAAGGAAUCGUCGAAAGAAGAGAUACUAGCUGACCACAGUCAGCAUCGCAGACACAGCCAAGAAGCUUCUAAAGAUGAGGACCAUGCAGAUAAGAGCGCUGUGCCCGGAAGUGAACGUCGGAUGAAUUUACGGCUGAGUAGAGAACAAUCUAAGGAAGACGAGACACUUAACAAAAGCCCCACUUCGAGAGAACUUCCCGCGUACCCCAAACUGCGCAGGGAGUCUUCCAAGAGCAACUCGCCGAACGACAGCAAUCUACUUGCGAGAGACGACCGCCUGGAAUACGCGAGGUCUAGCAGGGACAUGUCACGAAACGAUGCACCAAAGGAGCAUCGUAUCGUUAGCCCACCACGAGGUCAACAACGAAACACUCAUACUAACGGUGACUACCCAAGACACUACGAACCCCCUCCCGGCAGGGAUCACAUCUUCAGGUUCUCCAAUGAUACGACUCGAGAAUCCACGUUUGUAGAUUACAGACCACCUAGUCCGAACACACGGAACAGUCAAGAUCAUGCUCCGGAAUCAAAAGGAGAAAGUACGCGGGUGAACAAACCAGCCAGUCCUUCAUCCCACAAAACACAGCAGGAAUAUCGGCGAGUCAGCAGAGAAACUUCGAGGGACGAUCGUGGAAAGGACCCUCUGGAUGACGACGAGGAGCUCAUGAUGAUGGAACCUACGGCCAAUCCUCGCCCCCGUCAGAGGUCUCACACAGAGCAACAGAUAAAAUCUCCGCCAGACGCUCCGAAACCUCAGGUUAUGAGAUGUAUCAGAUGUUGUGCCACGGUGUACCCCAUGGAACUGGUCACCCCCAAGCCUGGAGUGCUGCUCCAUAGUGGAUGUUUUAAAUGUCGUGAAUGUGGAGUGAAGCUGACUCUGCAGACCUACUUUACAAACCAGAGGGACACCAGGGACUCUGACGUAUACUGCAGGACACAUCAGCCUCGGCUUGGUCCAGGAACGGUGGACGGCAAUGCGCUGAACAUACUCACCAGCAAGAACAGCAAGGAUAUAAAAUUCUCACGCUACAGUAAGGGAAGCGACGCCGAGAUUCUCCUCAGCUCAAAAGUAAUCUCCCAGAAGGACGACUUCGAUGUGAUGCGGGAAGAAAACGGCGGGCUUCGCUACAUUUGAUAUUUUUUCACUUCAACUGAAAUAUGCCAUGUGUGUAUCAAGAAGAUAUAAUUUCCGAAUUGUCCAAGUAGAUGCACGCAUCGAAAACUAUCACUCGUGAUAGUAUGACGACAAAAAUUUGCAGUGUUUGGUAUUUUAUUGAUGCCCGUCACACUGGUUCGAAUGACAAAGAGAACCGCCUGUCAUCCGAUGUGGUUUACACCAUGCAACACCGGACGUGAUAAAGCAUAAUGCGAUAGAACUACUGUGAAUAGUCGCUGAGAACACAUGUGGAGCUAUAUUUAGCAACAACCAAAAGUAUUAUUGCAAACGGGCUAUCUUGUAAAUUAGUAUCUCUUAUAGAUACGUUAUGCUUGGUGUAUAAAUCUUUAAUAUGACACAAAGCUUCUGUGAUAAUCAACCACCAGCUUGAGAUCAUAAUUCACAAAGCGCAACCAAGCCACAUAUACAUAACAACAUUUAGACUUUUCCCAUGGCACCUUUUGUAUUAUACGCUACAAACUACAAACAUGCUUUGAACAAAGAACUGUAUAUAUAGUCAGUUGAGAGAAAUGUCAAUACAUAAUAUACGUAUAAAACCUUACAGGGGGCAGGUUCGCCAUGUAACUGCCCUCCUCUGACCAUGCUGUUCGCAUCAAAAACUAUUCUGUUUGUCAUUAUUGCAAGGCUCCUCUCAAACGACCUUGGGCGUUUCGUUCGUUAUAGUAAUUCCUACAACGAAAGAAGCCCAUUAGAAAGACGCUAAUAGAAAUACAUUAGGAAUGUUAGCAGGAGUUUUAACGAUGUGUGCAAAUUGACCCACAUCAGCGACAUUGCUCAAAUGUACAGCCUGUAUACGGAUAUAGUAUAUAUAAGAAAGAGAGAGAGGAUUUAUAUUUGAUGGAUUUAUCGACAUAAACUUUAUGAAUUGACGUAAGAGAUGCUGUAUUCUAAUAAAGGCGAAGCCUGGGCUAUA